AUGAACUCAUUCAUCUUUGCCUCUCUCUCUCUCUCUUUCUCUAAACUAAUUAACUCUUUUUCUCCAUUGCUGGAGUACACCUUUCUGAGCUCUUCUGCAGCCUAAAAUUCAGUGAUAUGUUGCCAAGGAGUCGAACUCUUCCUAGCAGGAUCCAUCAUGGAGCUGUGGAAGAAAGGCAUGACAUCAGGCACUACUUACAAGUUGAAGCUCAGCCUAAAGCUACUGAAGCUGAAGCAAUAAAUCCUCAAUCCAACUAUACCAAGUGCUUUGAUGAUGAUGGCCGCCUAAAGAGAACUGGAACUUUCUGGACUGCAACAUCACAUAUUAUCACAGCAGUUAUAGGGUCAGGAGUCCUUUCCUUGGCAUGGGCAGUGGCUCAGCUGGGUUGGGUCACAGGUCCAGCUGUGUUGUUACUCUUUGCCUUUGUCAAUCUCUAUACUUCCAACCUCCUUGCCCAGUGUUACAGAACUGGUGACCCUGUUACUGGUCAGAGAAAUUACACAUACAUGGACUCUGUCAAGUCCAACUUAGGAGGAAGAAGGGUAGCAAUAUGUGGUUUAAUCCAGUAUGUUAACAUGUUUGGGGUUGCAGUUGGGUACACUAUUGCUGCAUCCGUCAGUAUGAUGGCUGUAAAGAGAUCAAACUGUUUCCACAAAAGUGGAGGGAAAGAUCCAUGCCACAUGUCAAGCAACGGGUACAUGAUAACAUUUGGAAUCUUGGAGAUAAUAUUUUCUCAGAUCCAAGAUUUUAGUCACGUUUGGUGGCUCUCCAUAGUUGCAGCCAUUAUGUCCUUUACUUACUCAGCCAUAGGUCUUGGUCUUGGCAUAGGCAAAGUUGCAGUAAAUGGAACCAUUAAAGGAAGCUUACUGGGAAUAAGCAUAGGGACAGUAACAAAGGCUGGAACAGUGACUGAAACACAGAAGAUGUGGAGGAGUCUUCAAGCUCUUGGAGCCAUUGCUUUUGCUUACUCCUUCUCCUUGGUCCUUGUUGAAAUUCAGGACACAAUUAGAUCACCUCCUGCAGAGCACAAAACCAUGAGAAAGGCAACUCUUCUCAGUGUAUCAGUCACCACAGUGUUCUACAUGCUAUGUGGAUGUUUUGGCUAUGCCGCCUUUGGUGAUUUGUCACCAGGAAACCUUCUCACUGGUUUUGGAUUCUACAAUCCUUACUGGCUUCUGGACAUUGCUAAUGUUGCUAUUGUUGUCCACCUUGUUGGUGCUUAUCAGGUGUUUUGCCAACCAUUAUUUGCGUUUGUGGAAAAAUGGAGCGCCCAUAAAUGGACAAAGAGUAACUUUGUGACAGCAGAAUAUGACAUUCCAAUCCCCUUGGUUGGUGUAUUCCAACUCAACCUUUUCCGAAUGGUUUGGAGGACUAUAUUUGUGAUGAUGACCACUCUUAUAGCCAUGCUGAUGCCAUUCUUCAAUGAUGUGGUUGGGAUACUUGGAGCCUUUGGAUUCUGGCCUUUGACAGUGUAUUUUCCUAUUGAGAUGUACAUAGCUCAGAAGAAGAUAAGCCGUUGGAGCACUAGAUGGAUGGGGCUUCAGAUUCUUAGUGGUACUUGUCUUCUCAUAUCCAUAGCUGCUGCUGUUGGGUCUUUUGCUGGGGUUGUUCUUGAUCUCAAGACUUAUAAGCCCUUUAAAACUAGCUACUGAGAUCGUUUAUAUAUAUUCAAUGCUUAUAAGCUUUGCUAAAAAGGAUUAUUAUUUCAAGCAUAGUAAUUAUCAAAUGGCAGAAGGAGAUUUAAGAAAAAAGGAUAUAUAUUUGCUAUAAUUAUCAAUUGAUGAAAAGAUAUGAUCAAA